UUCUUUGGGUUUCAUGCCCAUUGGCUGCGCUGCCUGAAUCUAGAAGGGGGGACAGGCUCAUUUGAUCCUUUAUAAUAACUCCCCAGUCCUUUUUAGAAGCAUUUCACCAGUGACCGCACCAGCUCCUUCAGUAGACCAGCAACAGGAAAUAGUUAGAUCUGCAUUGUUUUGAUCUCUGAGCCACCCAGCUUGGUGUGCCGGAUAUCCAAAAGAGAACAUUGGUGUGAAUGAGGCCAAUAUACAGAGCGUCUCCUUUAAUUCAGGCUGCAAAGAUCCCUUCCUUCUGGAAGAGAAGUCAGGACUUCUCGAGAGAGAGUGCCUUUAGUGCUGUGACCAAGCGACUCAUACGAAACUCUGGCUGGACCUUAACCAUUACUUCUCAAUGGCCCCUUUUCUCCCUUCACUCGUUCUGGCCUUUUACCUAACCUACUUAAAGAUGCUGGGCGUCUCCAGCCAAACAACCAACAGUUACAUGGACAGCGCCAUCCCUUUGAAGGUUCUGGAGCAAGAACAAGCAUACAGUCGUCUCCAGCCAGGCAUCCUUCUGGACUUUGGUAGCACUGCCAACCAAUCUGGAGACCUCGGAGAGGCUGUUGUCACAAAAGCCCCACGUCCGUCAAUCAUGUGUGUCAAGCCGACAGAGAUCCGGAAAAUCUUUAAGUACAUCAACACUAUUGUGUCCUGCACCAUCUUCAUCGUGGGCAUCAUCGGCAACACUACCCUGCUAAGAAUCAUCUAUGAGAACAAGUGUAUGAGGAAUGGGCCAAAUGUCCUCAUUGCCAGCUUGGCACUUGGGGACCUUCUGUACAUUCUCAUUAGCUUGCCCAUCAAUACGUACAAGCUCCUUUCAGAAGCAAGCUUGCCUCUUGGGGUCAUGGGGUGCAAAAUUGUGCCAUUCAUUCAGAAGGCCUCUGUGGGCAUCACUGUUCUCAGCCUCUGUGCUCUCAGCAUCGACAGGUACCAAGCCGUGGCAUCCUGGAGUCGGAUCCAAGGGAUUGGGAUUCCCAUGUGGAAGGCAGUGGAGGUGUCCCUCAUUUGGGUAGCAGCCUUCUGCUUAGCCAUCCCUGAAGCUAUAGGCUUCAAUCUGGUGCCGGUGAAUUACCGUGGUCAGGACAUCAUAGUCUGCAUGUUGCACCCAGAACAGAAGUCUGACUUCAUGAUGUUCUACAAGCUUGCGAAAGAUUGGUGGCUUUUUGGCUUCUAUUUCUGCUUGCCCGUGGCCUGCACAGGGAUCUUCUACUACCUCAUGUCGUUUGAGAUGCUGAGCAAGAGGAACGGGAUGAGAAUCGCGCUCAAUAACCACAUGAAGCGGCGCCGAGAAGUGGCCAAGACGGUGUUCUGCUUGGUGAUGAUCUUUGCUCUCUGCUGGCUGCCCCUCCACCUCAGCAGGAUACUCAAGAAUACCAUCUACAACCAACAUGAUCCUGAUAGAUGCGAGCUGCUCAGCUUCCUUCUGGUCAUGGACUAUUUUGGCAUCAACAUGGCCUCACUCAACUCCUGCAUCAAUCCUGUGGCUCUCUACUUUGUCAGCCGGAAAUUUAAGAACUGCUUCCAGUCUUGUCUUUGCUGCUGGUACCCAAGACCAGCCCUUGUCAUUGUACAAACGGAUGAUAAAGGCUCCGUUGCAAAGUGGAAGGUCAAUGGGCAGGAAUUGGGCCUCGACCGGAGCAGCUCCCACAUGAGUAACAAGUACAGUUCUGCUUAGACCCAUGGAUCACCAAGACAUGUAGCAUUUAGGACCGUGGAGAUUACCGUUGUGUCGGUGCUUCUGGCCUCCUUCUCUU